CCGCGCAUAACUUCGCUCCGUGUCACGACUGUUUACCGUCAUUAUGCGGAGCGAGAGACCUUUUCUUUUUUUGCUCGGGAUAAUUUGAAAUCGACCUGGAAGGUAAUUACGGUCCGGCCGCCAAUUUAACUCGUCACUCGCAUGUCGGUGCUGAUGCGUUCGACAGGCAUUGCGAAAUUAGAGUCGGAUCACGCGACUUUUCGCGAUAUUCUUGCGUUGCUGCGGAAGUGAUCAAUUAGGGUGACUUCGACCAAAGAGUUCGAUCGGCUUCUAAUCGACGAUUAACUUGUCAGGUAGCCCGGUAAUUUCAUUAUAACGUGUACAGAAUUAUACAUUUUUUUGUCUGACGCACGAGAAGGAUUAGAUUAUUAUAUAGAAAAGACGGAGUUAUGCCCACUCUAAUAUUCAUUGCAUUUUACUCUCGGUUCAACUUGCUUAUCUUUCUUUUUGCUUCCAAGAAUUAGACCAAGAUAAAAAGUUGCUCUACAUUGAUAGAAAUGGAUAUUAUACGUAUUAUACAGCUGGAAAUUUUGCUGCGAAUAAUCGUCGAGCAAAAGUUGAAUUAAUCAUAGACUAAGUUAGUCGGAGCAUGGUAUGAGUCAUUCUUAUAUAUGUUCAUUUCUAUCAAUGUUUAACUUUCUUUUUUAUCUCUUCUUAGUUUCUAAGAAUUAGAAGAAAAAAAAUAUAGACAUAAAAUUAAUAGGAGAUAAAAGUUAAUCUACAUCGGUAGACUGUCGACAAGGUCGUACCAGAAGAUCCGACCUUAAUUCGCGAAACGGAAAAAAUCAAAGUGGCCCCUCUCAAUUUUGACUCCGGCAUUACGUAUUCGCCCGUGUAUUCACUCUCUCGACUUUCUACACUCGGCGCGAGAGGUUCGCAAGCACCACGGGGGUUUUCCGCACACAUCAUCGUCACGUCCGAGGCGCGGCCUACGACAUCUAGACUAUCUAGAGUACGCGCACAGUCGAUGAUCUGCGCGACGACGUGACGUUCGUUCGAAGAAAAGCGGUCCGACGGCGACGAUAAGAUGGCGGCGCCGCGCACGUCAGAUCGCGGCUGAGAGCACGGGCGGCCGCGGGGUAGGGGUGCUCCGGCAGGAAGAGGAGGUAGACGGCGACGGCGAGCAAGCAGCCAAGGCAGGCAGGCAGGCGGACGGACAGGCAGGCACGGACGAGAGUCUGUCGUCAUAUACGUGCCUGCGUGUAGAGCGUGCGGAGAGGCCUGUGUCGUCAUGUCCUGGCGUAGUCGCCGCGUAGUCGCCGUAAUAUCGAGGCAGCCCAGGAGCUACGAGGCGGUGGCGCGGGUCGAUUCUCGUUUCGCGUGAUCCGUUUUCUCUCUGUCUCUCCUCUCUUUCUUUCUCUCUCUCUCUCUCUCUCUCUCUCUCUCUCUCUCCUCUUUCUUUCUCUCUCUCUCUCUCUCUCUCCGUCUCCCCCUCGUCCGCCAGCCAGACUCGGACGUCGUGUUUCGUCGAUGCCUUUGUUCGCGGCCGGGACGGGCGCGGAUUGUCGUCGCGGCGACGAGGCAAAGACGAGGACGAGGGCGGCGAAGUGGAGCAUCACCUCGUGAUGCCCUUAGCCUGGUUGACAUACCCAGUGGAAGUGGUGUGAAGUGGUGUGUGACUCCGUGAAGGAAGGUGCAAUAAUCUCCGUUCCGUUUCGCCUAUCUCUUUCCCUCCUCUCGCGCUUUCUCUUUCUCUCUCUCUCUCUCUCUCUCUCUCUCUCUCUCUCUUCCUCUGUCUCUCUUUCGUGCUCGCGUGAAACGGCGACGUUCAACACCCCGGCGCGGUCCUGGACACGUCUAGGAGGUGGUGGCGACGUCGUAGAAGAAGGAGGAGGAGGCGCGGAGGAGCCGACGGUGACGGCGAGACGAUGCGCGAGUUCAAGGUGGUGGUCCUCGGCUCGGGCGGGGUGGGCAAGAGCGCGCUCACCGUCCAAUUCGUCUCUGGGUGCUUCAUGGAGAAGUACGACCCGACGAUCGAGGAUUUCUACCGGAAGGAGAUCGAGGUGGACAACUCGCCGUGCGUGCUCGAGAUCCUCGACACCGCCGGCACCGAGCAGUUCGCGUCGAUGCGCGACCUCUACAUUAAGAACGGCCAGGGCUUCGUCGUCGUCUACAGCCUGACGAAUCACCAGACCUUCCAGGACAUCAGGACGAUGAAGGAGCUCAUCACCCGCGUCAAGGGUACGGAGCGGGUGCCGGUGCUGCUCGUCGCGAACAAGCUCGACCUCGAGAAUCAGCGGGAGGUCGGCACCGAGGAGGGCCACCAGCUCGCCCAGCUCUGGGGCUGCCCGUUCGUCGAGGCGAGCGCCAAGAACCGCACCAACGUCAACGAGAUGUUCGCCGAGAUCGUCCGCGAGAUGAACUUCAGCCCGGAGAAGGAGAAGAAGACCUACUGCUGUUGCAGCGUCCUCUAAUACUUAAUCAAAAUCCAUUUUCACCCGGAUUGUUGUUAUUUACUCGCCAUGGACUGGACUAACGUGACGCAGGAGGUAUUAGACAGUGUGUACAGUGCUGCUUCGGGGAGAGGUUGAAUCGUCGACGGCGACGACGACGACAACGGCGACGAUGACAGCGUGUUUCCUCGCCGUCCUGCUGAAGAGGUUUCCCUCCUCCACGGUUCUCGCUCGGCCUGCCGAGGAAACGGCCACGACGCGUCAAGGGAAGAUGCUGGGUGUGCAGUCGCUCUCGAGGAGCAGAGAGAGCCUCCCGUCAGCGUGUUUCGUCGUCCUGGAAGGAUCUCCCCCCGAAGAAUCGUCUUUUGGAAAUCCUUUUCAUGACCUAGGGACGUGCGUCGUGCGUCCGCCAGGGCUAACUUACACCGGACGCUGUACGAAUUUUCCAAAAAUUGCGGGAACCGCGGCUCCCUUUUCUAACUCGCGGAAGACCGUCCGGCGACCGUUAAAUAAACAGAUAUUUUAUUAUACGCGAAUAGUAUUAUAUAUGUAAUAUUAUUGUAAUAUAUAUACAUAUAUAUAUAUAAAUAAUAUAGAUAGGAUUUAAGAGGGAGAAGGAGCGAGCGAAAGGUAGCUUUUCCUCGGCAAAAGGACCAAUACUCCGCUCGCGUGCUAGGAAAGGUGUCGAAAAUAAGAAAAAACCGUAAAACCAAAACUCGAUGUAUCGGCUUUCCGCUCAAUUUCAAGACAGAACCGUCGCACGUUCGCAGGUUCGCGUUCUGAUCCACACAAAUCGAGGUACUGCUGUGCAGAAAGAAAAAAAGAAAGAAAGGAUAGAUUCGCAGGCUUUGAAGGAAUCACUGUGAUUCGUCGUUUUAUGCGCGGUGCGAUAGAUUCAGCGGUAAGAGAGGAUAAAUAAUGAACAUGAGUGAGAGAGGCUUGAUCCCGUGCGUCGCAUUAAUCUCUGUGCGGCCGUGCGAAGGCUACGCAAUCAAAUCCAUCUGCGGCUCGAUGAGAGGGUUCGGUUUCGAGAGUAAGACUCUUCUCUGUGCAAUUGUUCUGUGUUAAUUUAAGCUAAGGAGGCUGAUUAGAGCGAGAUAUCGUCUAAACAUUUUUGUACGAGAGAUGCGUUGUUAGUAACAUUUAUAUAUAUAUAUAUAUAUACAUAUGCACACACACACACACACACAAACAUACAUUACAUGCAGGUUCAUUUGAUUUUAUCACUUGAAAUGUUUCCGCUGUUCUUAAAGAUUAACGGAGAAAUGUUUUCAAAAACAAGUUACUCGAUUUGGGAGGGUCGCUCUCUAAUAUUUGGCCCCCUCCAAUCGAACGAUUUGUCUCUGAAAAAUUUUCCAGACGUUUCAAAUGGUCAAACGAUCCUGUAUGUCGGUUGUACAGUUCAAACAUUGAACUAUUUUACUGUAAAGCGUAAAAGGGAGAUGCACUGAGAAUGUGGAAGUUUUGUACGCGACACCUCGGUGGUUAAACGUGGAUAACCCAGCUGUUGUGAGAUUUCUUGUGAUCCAUUGUGUAGCAAGUACUAAUGUCUUACUUUUAUUUCGCUUUAAUGUCCGUUCCGAGAUGUUUGAUACAGCGCGGUUACCAAGUAUUUGCGAACUCCGAUGCGCGGCAGAAGCGAGCAAUCUUUAAUGUUGCGGCGAUUAUAAAGUCGGAUUUUAAUAAACUGAGGGCCAAAGCCGAAGACUCUCCUCUGGUUUGUUGAAAUCUAACGUUGCAGAUAAAUAUUAUACGACGACGGCGGAAUAUUAGGAGAAAUGUUUCGUAAAGAGCUAGUUAAUGUAAUAAUGUCAAUCUAAACACGUAAUUUGUAAGCUUUGUACGGUAAAAAAAAAAUAGAAAAAGAAUUUGUACUACAUAGGCCGCAAGACUGCACGUUCGAUCACUAUGGGAUUGAUGACGGUUGUUUUUUUAACAAGUGAUUUUACACUAAUGACAGAGCACAAUAGUAGAAUUAGAAAUCUCGCCGGAAGAUGCGCCGGUUUCGCAUUGAUCCCUUCAACUGCAAAAUUUAUAUACGUGCUACACCGCUCAUAGCGAUAACCGAUGUAAAAAGUAUCGUAAUAGCAAGACUGCAACUUUUUUUUCAAAAAAAUAUUUUUCUUAUCCCUAUGAGGCCUCGAAAUCCGAGAAUACCCUUUGCUAAAAAUUUCUCGUAAUGUCCCGUAAAAGAUAUUUAAAAGGGAAUAACUUUGAAUGUUCAAGAUGCAAUUACAAUACUUUUCGUUGUUGACGUUGCUUGCGAAGAGAAGAAAUUCGUAGUCUGAAACUGACGUUGAGCUUGCAAAUGUAAAAAGAAAAUCGAAUAUAAGACAAGCUGGAGAGCAAGCGGCUCUCCCAUUUGUGAGAUUGAUUAAUUUUAAAAUUUCGAAAAAAAAUUACACACUUAUUCUAAAAACGUAGAAUUACUGUUUAUUGAAAUCGUAACGUGUAGAGAUGUAAAUAUCCGGUCAUAGAAUUUAUUUUAUAGAUUAUUUCACAUUGCAUGCUUAUAAGAUAUAAUUAUGCUCUGUAAAUUGUCACGUAUAUUCGCAAAUUUUAUUUCUAUUCUUUACGUUGUGCGAUUUCGAUAGACGAUGAUAUAUUAUUUGCAUCUUUCAAGUAAUGUAAGUUGUAGAAAUUUUUUUUCGCAACUUUGUCUUGUUCAUUUUUUAUUGUAGUUGUAAAAUACUCGACGGAUUUUUUUUUUAAACGUGUCAAUUAAAUUCGCAUGUAUAAUCCUGAUAAUGUGUGUAAUUUUUUUGCAACAGAUAAUGUGUGUAAUUUUUCUCAUGUGAUCAAAAUCGUAUUAUCCAAUGUUAAAUAUUGCUUCUCGAUGAGCACAGCAUAACACAACGUUCAUCAUACAAUAUUCAAUCCAUUGCCAUUUAACACUUGGAUGCGAAGAUUAUUUUUAUCUGUUCGUGAUAUUCUCAGUUUCUACCGAGAUCGAGGUCUUUUUCCUCCCUAGAUUUAAUUUUUAGAGGUACCUCGAACUAUAUUUUUCGAUGAAAUUGGAAUUUUUCGAGUCUCCUCGAGUUUUCGAGAGAAUUAGCGAAAGAUUGCGACGUCCAAGGAUUAAAUGCAAAAAUGAAGAAUGACGAACAUCGUCCGAGAUUAGUAUCUUUUUACCGAAGGAUAUUGUUCCGCUUCUGCGACAAGAUGUAUUUGUAAUUUUGUAUAGCCUCCGCAUUCUAAUUUUGUAAACGUGGCGUUAUAAAAUUCUAACGCAGAUUGUAUCGUCUGAAUCGUACACGCGCGAUACUAUUUUCCAAUUUUUGGAGAAAAUUGCGGAAAUUGAGAGUCGAAGAAAGAAAAAAAAGGAAUAAAAAAAUGAUGCGAAUGAACUGAUGUAUAGUAUUUCUACGAUUGGUAGUUAGAUCGUUUUCAAGGUAUCGGGAAGAGAUAAUCGUCGUUCAUAUACUUCGAGCGCGGGUUUAGCUUUGACGCAAAGACCCUUUCGGUGCAUUCUUUUCGGUGUUCCCUUAGAAUGGAUGAAAAGGAAGAGCAUAAAAAAUAAAAAUAAUAAUUUGCCGAGGCGCCGGAAGCCGCGUGGUUGCGAGUUAUCUCUCGCGGUUCACGCGUCGAGUUGAAGGAUAGAGCACAGGCAGAGAGUGGCUUCGUGAAGCCGCUAUUUUGUCACAAUAACGUGGAAAAUUCUUAGCCUCGCUGUGAUCCCGUAGUCGUGUAACUCCACACCUUUUGUAUUAUCGGAUAACAAUAAUCGAAGUCUUCACCUGGCUUCGAUCAGAGGGCCUCUUUAUAAAGCGUUUUGACCGUCGUCGCCUGACUUAUAUACUUUCUUGCGUUUUUCGCCCUGUUUUAUACACACACACAUACACACACAGACAUGGACAACAUACACAUAUACACGUGCAAAUGCGGAUCACAAAGGACGCACAAGGCCGUCAUCCGCUUAGAUAGCUCACCAAGUAUUUGAUAUACUCGAAAAAUCUAUUUAUAUAUUUGUACGAGGAGAGAGAAACCGCGUUCCGUGUCCCUUUCGCGUGUGUCCAAUUCAUGCGAGAUUGUAUGCGCUAUUUUUCUAAAAUGCUAUCCGCAAACUCAUUGUCACAGCAAUGAUUUACGGCAAGGAUAAUUCUAAUAAUAACGGGAUAAUUUUUAUUUGGGGAGCUAUCGUUCGGCGGAGAAGCGUCUAGGAGGAAAAAAAAAAGAAAA